AGAAAAUUAUAAACAGGACAUAUAUCGGCAUUAUGUGUUUGUAUAUAAAGGAUAACACUGUAAUAUUUACAAAAAAGAUGGACAUGAAUUUUGUUAGAUUGGUCGCAGUGAUACUUAGCAUCUUAUCAUGUCUUCGACCAAUUAUUACUGCAGAGAGCAAGCAUUGUUUCCAGACUAAUAAAGGGUUAUCUAAUGGCUGCAGUAUCCCGCUAUUUAAAAAGUUUCCAUACAAAGAAGACUUCACCCCAUCCUGUCAGCGUCACGACAUUUGCUACAACUGUGCUGUAAAAUUCUCCAAGAGCAGAAAAUACUGUGACAGUCUUUUCUUAGAUGAUAUGAAGAAAGUCUGCAAUAGCAUAACAGAUCUUAGGAAAAUUGCCUGCAAAGGAUUUGCACGUUUAUACCACAGGGCUAUUCGUGUCGGAGGUAGACUAUUUUUUGAGAAGACAGCAAAGUCUGAAUGCAGUCAAACAUGGGUGCGCAGUUGUUUUCCGUGAUAUAUACGGC